AUGUUGUCCAUGCAGAGGUGGCCAGAGAAGUGUUGGGCACUCUUACGGCUGUUGCUGGUGGUGUCUGUCUCUCAGGCUGAGGAGCUGGUGUGCAGACGGAGAGGGGAUCCUGAGAACCCCCAGCUAUCUACAGAUGGAGACAUUAUGUUGGGGGGAAUCUUCCCUUUUCACAGCAGCUGGAAAACCAGAGAGGACACCUACAUGCACAAACCACUGCCACUGCAAUGCACCAGUUUGAAUUUCAGAGGUUUCCAGUAUGCCCAGGCUAUGCGCUUUGCAAUAGAGGAGAUUAAUAACAGAACAGACCUGCUGCCUGGCAUCUCUCUGGGCUAUAAGAUCUAUGAUGCCUGUCGCUCCAUGGUCAGAGCUGUGAGAGUUACACUGGCUUUGACUAAUGGUAAUGAGGUGUUAUCUGCACCCUGGAAAGCACCUUGUGCCAGACCAGCCCAAGUGCAGGCCAUUAUUGGAGAGGCCUCUUCCUCUCCUUCCAUGGCUAUAGCCACUGUAAUCGGACCCUUUCAUAUGCCAAUGAUCAGCCACUUUGCCACUUGUGCUUGUCUCAGUGAUAAAACCAAGUACCCAUCCUUCCUCAGGACAAUACCCAGUGACGACUACCAGAGCAGAGCCCUGGCACAGUUGGUCAGACACUUUGGUUGGACUUGGGUCGGAGCUGUUAGAACAAAUGGUGAUUAUGGGAACAAUGGCAUGGCCACAUUUACAGAAACAGCCCAGCAGCUGGGCAUCUGUCUGGAGUACUCUGUGUCUUUGUUUAGAACAGAUCCACCAGACAAAAUACAAAAGAUAAUUGACAUUAUCAGAGCUUCCACUUCCAAGGUGAUUGUCACUUUCCUCUCCCCUGCUGAUAUCGACAUGCUAAUAUACGAGAUGUCUCACCACAACUUGACUGGGUACCAGUGGGUAGGGACUGAGGCCUGGAUUUUUGAUCCCCAAACUGCAGCCAUGGAUAAGCAUCACAUUCUGGAUGGUGCCAUAGGCCUGUCCAUCCCCAAAGCACAUGUCAGUGGCAUGAGAGAGUUCAUGUUGGAUGUGAAGCCUCUCAAUUCAUCUGGUGAUGAACUAUUUACACAGUUUUGGGAGAAAUUAUUCAGCUGUAAGUUCAAGCAGUCAAAGUCAUCAGCAGAGAAUCAGAGAGAAUGUACUGGACAUGAAGAUCUGACUGGAGUGCAGAACAGCUUCACUGAUAUGUCGCCCAUGCCGAUCUUUAACAACAUCUAUAAAGGAGUGUAUGCUGUGGCCCACGCACUUCAUCGAAUUCUCAGUUGUAAUAAAACAUGUAACAACAAGGUGCCGCUUGAUCCAUUUACGAUUUUACAACACAUAAAAAUGAUUCAUUUCAAAACAAAGGAAGGAGAUGAUGUUUACUUCAAUGAAAAUGGAGACCCAGCAGCAAAGUAUGAAAUUAUAAAUUGGCAGCCAAUAGAAAAUGGUAUUGUGGACUUUGUCACAGUUGGUUUUUAUGAUGCAUCUUUACCUGCAGACAAACAGCUGAAUCUGCAAAAUAAGUCUUUAAUUUGGGCAAACAACUCACAGCAGGUGCCUGUGUCACUUUGCAGUAAAAAGUGUCCUCCAGGAACUCGCAAGGUUCUCCAGAAAGGAAAGCCUGUCUGCUGCUAUGACUGUUUAACAUGUGCAGAGGGAGAAAUAAGCAACAUUACCGAUUCUAUCACCUGUGUGCAAUGCCACCCUGAGUUCUGGCCAAAUGAGAGAAGAGAUGCCUGUGUAAAGAAGGAGGCAGAUUUUUUAUCAUAUAAAGAGAUAAUGGGAGCACUGCUCACUGCAGCGUCCUUGCUGGGAACAUGCAUCACUGCUGUUGUGGCAUCCAUUUUUUUCAGAUACAGCAAAACUCCUGUUGUCAGAGCCAACAACUCUGAGCUGAGCUUCCUGCUGCUCUUCUCCUUGACUCUGUGUUUCCUGUGUUCUCUGACCUUCAUCGGCCGGCCCUCUAAGUGGUCCUGCAUGCUGCGACACACAGCAUUUGGCAUCACCUUUGUUCUCUGUAUCUCAUGUGUUCUGGGGAAAACUAUAGUGGUGUUAAUGGCCUUCAGGGCAACACGUCCUGGUAGUAAUGUGAUGAAAUGGUUUGGGCCUGCACAGCAGAGGCUCACUGUUCUGGCAUUCACUUUUGUACAAGUUAUCAUAUGUAUCCUCUGGUUAACAAUUUCACCUCCUUUUCCAUUCAAGAACUUUAAACAAUUUGAGGACAGAAUCAUCUUAGAGUGCACUCUGGGUUCAGCUGUAGGCUUUUGGGCUGUUCUUGGGUACAUUGGACUUCUGGCCAUGUUAUGUUUUAUUCUUGCUUUCCUGGCUCGGAAACUGCCUGAUAAUUUCAAUGAAGCCAAAUUUAUCACUUUUAGCAUGCUGAUAUUCUGUGCAGUAUGGAUUACCUUUAUUCCAGCAUAUGUCAGCUCCCCUGGGAAGUUCAGUGUUGCUGUGGAGAUAUUUGCUAUUCUGGCCUCCAGUUUUGGACUGCUCAUUUGUAUAUUUUUUCCAAAAUGUUAUAUUAUCUUAGUCAAACCUGAGAAGAAUACAAAAAAGAAUAUGAUGGGGAAAGGGGGACCAAAAACAUUUUGA